GAAAAUGUCAAAAUUUAAGGAUAGAAGAAUUCUGCAGCCUGUCAAUAAUUCACAUAUGCGUGCAUUUACUAAUAAAGCCAUAUUAAAACUUGAACAGUGCUUAUUUAGUACUCAUAUUCCUUAUAUCAAAACACUUAGUGGUGGUCACGCGAC